ACAUUUGAACAUUAUAUGGACGACGGUUCAGUCUCUUCUAGCGCAACAUAGAUGACAAAACGCGCUAUACUUUGAAAAUGAAUAUUUAAUCAAGCCUUUUCAACAUUAACAAACUGACGAAUAUAUCGACAAUAGACCAACUAUUUCACGAGUGCGGAUUAUUUUAAACGAUGCGAUUUCGAUAACGACAAUUUUGGAAAUAUUUCGGGAAUAUAUCCAAUCCAAAAAUAGUUUUUUUAAAGUGUUAAGUGUUCGCAAUUCAGAAUCAUGUGUGAGUGCAAAUUGAUUUUAUGUGCGUUUCUAGUGAGUAAUGUGAUAUUAGUGACUUGUUUCAAUAUCGACCAAGAGAACUUUGCUGUUUAUGAAUUCAAUACCAAUGGAUCUAUGUUUGGGUUCACAGUAGCUGUACAUAAAGAUAGGGGAAAUCGAGGGUGGGUUCUCGUGGGUGCUCCUGAAGCUCAGUCAAUAUUUCAAGACAGAACGAGAAGAGGGGCAAUCAAGAGAGGUGGAGCAGUGUACAAAUGUCGGUCAGAUAGCGAUGACGUUUGCCAAGAAGUACCAUUUGAUACAUCAGGAAAUGAUGGAUUGGAUGAGAAAAGUGGACAAUGGUUUGGAGCUACAUUGAGUUCGUCUGGACAAACUGAUGGACCGAUAGUGGCAUGCGCACCACGUUAUGUUUGGUAUACCAGGGAUCUCAACAGAAGAGAUCCAGUCGGCACUUGUUUCGUUUCAAAUGGAGCUUUCGAUCAUUUUGAAGAAUAUUCCCCUUGUAGAACAAUGAAUUGGGGUUACCAUAGGCAGGGGUCGUGCCAGGCUGGCUUCAGUGCGGCAAUAAACAGGGAUGGCGAUCGAUUAUUCGUUGGAGCACCUGGAAGCUAUUACUGGCAAGGACAAAUGUAUUCGAUUGAUGCUCACGCCACCUUUAAUUUUACCCCUGGAUAUUUUGGCAAACCAGGCUAUGGAGCCGAAGGUUCUGUCCACCAACAAAGUUUGGAAAGAAGGCCAGCUGUGUUUUCAACAAGAGAAGGAAAACCUCCGGAUGAUGAUUCUUACAUUGGGUAUUCCACAGUCGUUGGUCACUUCCAGGAGGGACAAGAAUACGAAGGUGCUGCUGUUGGUAUGCCCAGGGGCAACAAAUUGAAAGGAAAGGUGCUCCUCUUCACAUGGGACCUGAUCAACUACAAGAACCUGACGAUCAGCAAGCAAAUCGGAUCGUACUUCGGGUACUCCCUGGCAGCCGCCGACGUCAACGGAGACAAAAAACUGGAUCUUAUAGUGGGGGCGCCGAUGCACACGGAAGCCAACAACGAGGGCAGCUAUGACGUAGGCAGAGUGUACGUCUUCUACCAAGCGAGCAGCGCUGCUGAAAGUUUCAACACGUCGCACUACAUAGACGGGAUGAACUCCAAGGGAAGGUUCGGGCUUUCCUUGGCCUCUUUGGGAGAUCUCAACCAGGAUGGAUUCGACGAUUUUGCUGUCGGUGCUCCAUAUGACGGUCCAAACGGCAGAGGAGCGGUCUACAUUUACUACGGAUCCAAAGAGGGUAUCAGGCAAAAACAUGGCCAAGUCAUCUUUGCUGAGGACAUUCACUUCAACCACGGACCAACGACUACAUUCGGGUUUUCAUUGGCUGGGGGAAUGGAUCUGGAUGGCAACGAAUAUCCAGAUAUGGCCGUAGGAGCCUAUUUAUCGGAUGCAGCUUUCUUUUUCAGAGCAAGACCAGUGGUUUUGAUAGAUGGUUACGUACGAUUUCAAACGCCCCAAAAGCAAAUAGACAUCAAGGAAAAGAAUUGCAAACUGCCAAACGGCCAAGAUGGGACUUGCACCGCCAUUGAUUUCUGUAUCAAGUACACAGGAAAAGGGAUUCCGGAUCAACUAUACCUUACGGUUCAAUAUAUUUUGGAUACAAAGAAACCUAGCACGCCCAGAAUGGGUUUCCUAACACGUGGUACCUACACAUUCAAUGACACUUUAUUAUUAUAUAAGGACAACAAGGAGAAUUGUAAAACAGAACAAGUUUACGUUAAAAGUGAAAUUAGAGACAAGCUUACACCUUUAGAGGCUGAGGUGAAAUUAUUCAUGUCGGAGGAUAGAAGCAUCAGCUUUACGCGUAACCCCCAGUCUUUGCUGAAGCCCGUUUUGGAUUUGAAUAACCCUCCUUCCAGGAAAGACUCCAUAGUCGUCCAGAAAAACUGUGGACCUGACAACAUCUGUGUGCCAAAUCUUCACGUCAAUAUCACAGCGAAUGUGAACAAAUAUUUACUCGGUUCCAACAGGAACUUGGAAUUUGAUGUUAUUGUGUCCAACUUCAAUGAGGAUGCCUACGAGACAACCUUCGAAUUGAAAUAUCCUGAGGGCAUAUUCUACAAGAAGAUUGACACUAUGCCCAACUCUCCUGGAAUCCUUUGCAGCUCAAGAGAAAAUAGAACUGUAGUGUGUGACGUAGGCAAUCCACUGCCUGCUGGAAGAAUUGCUAGCUUCAAAGUACUCCUGCAACCUUACUACAAAGAGGGAAUGCCGCCUAGCUACGAAUUCGACGUGUUCGUGAACAGCACUAACCCUGAACCAGAAGAAACAAUGGCCGACAACCAUCAUCACAUUUCCAUCAACAUUUGGAUAGACGCAUUCCUGGAACUCCGAGGAGAAUCCUACCCUCCAACGGUAUAUUUCAACGAAUCACUAUACGCCGCUUCCACUCGGGAAAUCAAGAAAGAAAGUGACAUCGGUCCCCAAAUAACCCACGUCUAUUACAUAGGCAACAGAGGACCAGCCACCAUCCAAGAAGCAGAAGUCUUCCUCCUCUGGCCUCUGAAAACUCUCGGAGAAGAAGACCUCCUCUACCUCUUGGACCAACCGCACACCCUGGGAAACGUCAAAUGCGAUGCAGCACCCUCCAACUACAGACAUUUCGAGCUGGACUACCACCGAGCCUCAAUUUGGGAAAGGUUGAAGAUUGAUACUUCCAGCAUAGGAGUCACAGCAUCCGAAUUGAAAAACCAGGGAAAAACCACAGAAACAGGAGGUGGUAUUUCGAGCGGAGUAGGAGUGGUAAACGAGAAAACGAACAUAGAUAAGGAGAUAUCCUCAGGAGGGGACUCUUCAUCGGUGUUCGAGCGACGCCACAACGAAACCAACUUGCAAACUUGGGGCACCCUCAACCCAGAUGGCGAAUACGAAUACAAAGAGGCCAAAUAUUUCACGGCGAUGGUCAACGGAAUACCUGUCACUCGUUGGGAAAACAAAACAACGAUCAGAGAUUCCAAAGGAAAUAUACUGAGGACUUUCUACUACAACGACAACACCAACGAACAAGUUUCUAACGUUGGGAGUAAAACAGGACUUACUUUAGCUGCAGGAGAAUACGAGCACAAAGAAUCAAAGUACUACACUAGGUGGGUAGAUGGCAAACAAGUGACCACUUGGGAGAAUAAAACUAUUGUCACAGACGCUAACGGUAACAUCUUGAGGAGCUAUUACUGGAACGAUGAAACCGGCGAAAUCAUUCCGAUCCCUACAUCUGGAGGCACCUAUGGAAGAGGCUCCGGAAGCUUCAAUUACGAGGAAGAAAACCUGUCCAGGGUCACCACCAAACCUCACUUCGACGUCACAGAAAGAACUCAAGAGGAACUUAGAGCGCAGGAACAGUUGAGGAUAUUAGAGGAACGGAGAAAAAUGGAGGAGCAAGAUAGACAAGAACGGAAGAGGUUGGAUGAAUAUCGAAGAGCUGAAGAGUUGCGUAGGCAGGAACAACGAAAAGCCGAAGAAGAAAGGAUAAGGAUCUUAGAAGAACAACGAAGAGUUGAGGAACAAAGCAGAUCGAGUAAUAAGCGACUCGAAGAAGAUAGGAUAAGAGCGCAGGAAGAAAAAAGGCGUACAGAAGAACGUAGGCAAGAAGAAGAGAGGAUAAGGAUACUAAACGAACAACGAAGAGUCGAAGAAGAAAGGAUAAGGAUACUAGACGAACAACGAAGAAGAGUUGAGGAACAAAGAAGAACUGGUGGUAAGCAACCAGAAGAAGAUAGGAUAAGAGCGCAAGAAGAAAAGAGGCGUGCAGAAGAACUGAGGCGAUUAGAGGAACAAAGACGGCGACAAGAAGAAUCUUGGAGGGUGGAGGAAGAGCGCAGAAAAGAAGAAGAACGGAGAAGGUACUACCAACAAGUAGGUGGUGGUACUGAAGAGGAGAGACGGAGGUACCAACAAGGUGGCCAAAGCUACGGAAGUGAAGAGGAAAGGUGGCGUGCCGAGGAAGAGAGGAGGAGGUAUUAUGAGGAAAGCAGGAGGAGGCAGCAAGAAACAGUUCAAGGUGGACAUACUGGUCAAGGUCAAACAAGUGGAGAAAGGGUCCUCACAGGCUACUUCGAUGAACAGGGAAACCCUCAUAAUUUGCCAAGAGGUUCCUCAGGCCAGGUGGUUUACAACAGGACCUACACCCUCGAAAGAACCACAACAAUACCCAUAGACUUACCAAGAGCUGGAGCUGGAGAAAUCGACUUGAACAUCGGAGACCUCGGCUCAGGCUUCACCGUCCAGACCCUGGAUCUCAACAACAACCGCAACGACCUAACCGCCUCCAGGGGCUCAUCAAGUGGAUCCAGCUCGGGCCAGUCAGGCUACCGCACGGAUGACCUAUCCGCCUCCAGGGGCGCGUCGAGUGGAUCCAGCUCAGGAUACCGCACGGACGACCUAUCGGCCUCCAGGGGCUCGUCAAGUGGGUCCAACUCGGGUCAGUCAGGCUACCGGAGGGAAUGGAAGAGCGAGGGGGGUUACACACAGAGCGGGCAAAUCCCUGCCACCUUCUUCCACAAUAGCUUGGAGGAGGACAGGAGGGUUAGGAGGGCGGUGAUGGGAGAUCCUUAUAAGGAGAUGGAGGCGCUGAUCAAGUGCAACUCGACCAAUUGCGUGUACGUGAGAUGUGUGGUGGGGGUGUUGGAGAAGGAUAAGGAGGUGGCGAUAGCGCUGAGGUCCCGAUUGAAUGUUCGGGCUAUCAAAGAUCUCACCAAUAGCCAAGCCGUGAAGGUCUCCUCCAUGAUGGUGGGGAAGAUCACCAAGCUGCCGUACCUUGGUGAGGCUAGAGAAGAGGUGUUGAGGAGGCACGAGAUCUUCACGGAUAUACCAGGGAAGGAGGCCGAACUGGUGACUGAGGUAGCGCCCUUAUGGAUCUACGUGCUGUCCGCUGUUGCUGGUAUCGUCAUGCUGCUGCUGCUGAUCUGGAUACUCAGCAAGUGUGGCUUCUUUAAAAGGAACAGGCCAUCUUCUGCACCAGAGAGACAACCCCUGAACAGGAAUGGAUACCACAGUGGGGACGAAGCUCUUUGAUAUUAACAAAAUCGAAGCGCUUGACAGCCAUUGACAAGACUCAAUUUUUUUAUUAAUUUAUUAUUUCUGUGUGUAUGUGUUUAGUCAAAUAUUUUUAGUUUCCGUAACAAUCGAGCUGAUAACUGCUAACGUAUCAAUUUAACUGCCAGAAUGAAGUAUGAUUUUUUUCGAUUAGUCGAUACUUUGCGCCAUAUAGGUUUUAAAAAUUACCGGUCGAUAUUUUUCUUGAAUAUUUCUCUAUUAUUAUUAUUUUAACCUUCUAAUUAUUUUGCGAAAUAAUGAACUGAUAAUUUUAAUGCAUAAAUAAUAAGUACCGUAUCCCUGAUGUGAGGUCCUAUAGGAAUGUAAGAAAAAUUGCACACUCUGCAUUUUUUUAAAUAUCACUGCAAAUAUGCUGGAUGUAUUUUCAUUUUAUGUCACUUCUGAGCUACAGGUACUGGGUGAUCUGGAAAUAGUGUACCAUUCCCUGUAUCUUCUUUGGUGUUCUGUAUACAGAUAUUUCAUUUACGAUUUGAGGUAUUAGCCCAAAAAAUAUGACAUGGAAGUUUCCCAACUCUUCACAUAUUUCACGCUUUGACACAUGCAUCAUUAUUCAGUAUAAUGUUGACUUUUUUAACUAUAAUUUUUUUAUGUUAAAUGAAUGGCGAUGGUACUUUUGUACAAACAACAUUAAUGAAUAAACGAGGUAGGUAUACCUGUUUAAACUUGAUAAAUAAAUUACUCAAUGCCACCAUAGAAAUUCUUAUCUAUCAAAAUUUCAUCAAGGUCAUAUUGGCCAAUUGUCAUAGUUUGAUUUCGAUAUUUUGCCAUUGAUAUGUGUAUAGAUCACCCUAUACAGGGUGUUACAUAAUAUAUAUGAAGAAAAGUUUCUAUCAAACCUCCCUCUAAAAGGCUCCAUUUUCGAGAUACAGGGAUACAGGGUGUUGAAAUUCGAAAAAAAAUCGUUUUUUGCGAAUAUCCCUGGAACCAUUUAUUGCACAGAGAACAGCAUUUUUUACUCAUAAUAAGCUAUGUUUGGCGAGGAGUUUUUUGCUUUUAAGUCAUAAUUGGUGAUGAUUUUGAAGGGUUAGUGAAAUUUUUUCUCCCCAACUUCUACGCCACUGGGAAAAGAACAGUUUUGAGCCGCCCAUUCGAACGGCCAAUGUUUUCUACAUAAAAAAGAUACACGUGAUCAUAAGCUCUAAAGUUGACCGUUUAUGAGAAAAAUCAAAUUUCAUGUUGUAAAUCAUAGUAAAAUUUUUUUUUACCAGUUAAACAAAUCUAUCUGAACUUCAGAACAGGUAACAAAACCAAAGGUCAACUUCAUAUUACAAAUUUGAACAAAAAAAGCAAAUCAUACUCAGUUAAAUUAAUAAUUGUUGGUUAGCUUCAAUAAACGCAGCAAUUUUUAAAAAAAAAUUCAAAGUCUGACCACGAAAAACUUUUUUGUGUCGGAAAUAUCGGCAGUUGGGUUGCUCAAACCUGUACUUUUUCCAGUGGCGUAGAAGUUGGGGAGGAAAACACUCACUACCCUUUCAAAAUCUUCUCUAAUCAUGACCUGAAAAAAAAUCUGCACAAAAAAUUGCUUAUUAUGAGUAGAAAAUGCUUACGAAAACAGUUUUUUGCGCGAUCAACGGUUCUAGAAAUAUUCGCAAAAACGAUUUUUUUUUUCAAAUUUCAACACCCUGUAUCUCGAAAAUUGUGCAUUCCAGAGGGUAAGUUGAUAGAAUCUGUUUUUCCAUAUUUUUGAACGAGCUAUCGCAUCCUGAAGUCCUGCGCAUAUAUUAUCCCAGGCAACCAGAUGACGUUUCAGUGACGUCUUGUUUACGUCACUUGAAUGACCAAGGUGACGUCAGUAGUUGACGUUGCAUGAUGUGAUAAUGACGUGAAAAAGUCACAGCCUAAUGACGUCAUAUUACUCACGUCGUAUUGACGUCAUUCACUCACCAAACUGUGACGUCCGACUGACGUCAAAAUGACGAUUAAAUUUGGCGAUGAUACGUGAAAAAGAUUCCUUAAACACGGUGUGAUAAACACCACUGGCUUCUGAUGACAUUAUAUAAUAUUGAUUAUGCAUUGUUGAGUCUGCUUGGUGGGUCACUCCUGUGUCAUGUUCAUUCAAUCGCCUAUUCAGCAGCGCUAUUCUUCAGUACGCAUCUCCAUCAGAAUGCAAUCAAAUACUCGUAUUUGUAUCAAAAACUAUGUAGUUUGUGUCGGUGAGAUGUAAGCAAACAAAGAAUCGUUUGAUAGCAAUAGAAAGGAUGUUGGCAAAUUUGGCUUCACUUUGUUGAAUAAUGUAUAUUGAUGCAUUCUUUGUCACCCAACAAAAAUCUAAAUAGCAAAUUAUUGAAAAAUUUUUUGAAUGACGAAGCUUACCAAAUUGGUACGUCACAAUGACGUGAUUUUUAGACGUCAUAGAUACGUCACUGCAACGUCAUAGAGUGACGGUUUCAAUAUAGGUAUACCUAAACAAUCAUUUGUAUAUAUACAUAGCUUGUUGCUUUCCGAGAUAUACAGUGUGUCAAAGCUUUUUACAAAAAAGAUUUCUCCUACUUUUCGGGUAUAUUAAUAAUUUUAAUAAAACUCAAAUGCUGAUUUGAGUUAUACUUCUGUUUCACAUGAUAAUAUAUAAGUAUCCAUGGUUUAGAGAAGGUCUGGGAAUAAUAGACGUCGACAGGACGUCCCUGCAACGUCUGCAAACUGACGUCUUCUUUUACCCAUCUAAGUGACGUUCAAUCGACGUCGAAACGAUGACGUGAUUAUCACGUCAUAGAAAGUACGUCAUAGUGACGUCAUAAAUUGGUGUGUGACGUCUCUGACGAAAAAUCACCAAUUAGGGACGUCACAGUGACGUGAUCAUUCGUCAUCUGGUUGCCUGGGAUGAAACACCCUGUAUACAGGGGGAAGGUGAAUUGAUUGCGGAUCGCCCGGGCCACAAAACCUUGUUAGCUACAUAUAAGAGAUUAUUGUACAUUAUGUUAUUUAGAUGAUAGGAAACCCAGUAAUCUUUUAUAGAUCUUGUACAUUAUUUAUUUUUGAUGAUGAAAUAUUUUAUUGCCUUCUAUUGUUGAAAAGAUGCAAUGCGAAUGUCUGUACUUAUAAUUUGACGACUUGUAUAUAUUUUUGUUGAAUGACUUCAUUUGUAAAUUGUAACUAUCAAAUCAAUAACUGUAACAAACUGUGAAUAAAAAGAUAAGUUAACAUUUUUAUUUUUUAUUUCACAUAAUAUAACAAGAUAUAUUCAAAAUUUCACUUAAAUAUCAAAAAAAAAAUAUGUUUCACUAGAUUUCGUGAAAUAAGCUAUCGAUUCUACCUACAUCAUAUUCAUACUCAAUGGAACUUGAAAAAUCUAUCAAAAUUCGAAGUUCAAUAUAUAAGAUUGAUGGUCUGAAUUGAAAAUAUUCAAUAAUGUAGGAAUUCUUCUUGUUUAUUUCACUCGAUUUUUGGGCAAAAUGAUUUUAAUCAAAUUAUUUUCGAUCAAUCUUUCAACAACCUGGAAUAGAAGUCAAAAUGAUCUAUCAGUAUUGAUUGAAUCGGUAGAGGAUACUUUUCAACUGCAAAAAGAUGAUAGAAAAACAUUCUAGUUAAAUUCUUUCUACAAUAGCCUUCAACCUACCAUACAUUUUUGAAUAUAUCUACUUGGCAAAGUUAUCGAGAGUAUAAAUUAUUCACUAAACACAACUAUUAUUCCACACAAUUUCAACAAUUCAAAUAGUCUUUUACAAGAUACAUAAUUUUCAGAUUCCCAAAAAAUAUCGAUUUUUAUAAAAAUAGUGACAAUAUAUUUCUUCGCUACAUUUCCUUCUUUUUACAGAAAAAAUCUAUAGGCGAGGAAAGAAUUGAAUUGUUUUAUCUUUUAGACAUUCAACAAUAUUGAAUAUUGUUGCUCGCGAUUGUUGUUUGAAAUUUCUUCAUAAUAGCUUCUUUUUUUUUGGCAAAACUGCUUUUUUUAUUCAUCGAAGCCAUAACAAAUCAAACGAUUAUGCAGAAAGGAGAUGAAUAGCGGAAGAAUUUUGAAACACUUAUUGUAGAAGAAAAUAAUAAUCCCCGCUUCAAAUUCCUGUUUGAUGCAAAGUUGAUGUAUCGUCUAUCAUUCAGAAAUUCAUUGAAAGUGAUUUUUUCAGUUUUUUUUUCUAUGCAAUUUUCGGCAGUCUGACCAGGAAUUAUGAAAAAAUCAUCAUUUUUAC